UUGGUCACUUAUUAGUGACCUUCACGAUCUCACCACCUCUCUCUCUCUCUCUCUCUCUCUCUUCAUUCAUUACAUGACCAUUCUUCCUCUGCUUCAACUUCCCCAAACAACCCAUCUUUUCUUUUUUCUCUCUUUUUUCUUGGUGUCUUUUAUUGUACAGGGGUUAUUCUUCAUUUACGGCUUUUUGUUUUUCUAUCGUUUACUUCUUUCUGGGAUUCUUUGACCCCAAGUCUAUGCAUCUCUCUUUCUCUCUCUCUUCAAAUUUCUCACUGUAAAACCUUUUUUUGAUUGGGCUUCUUCUCUACAUUGGUUUCUUUUCAUUUGCUAGAUUCCUCCUCCUAGUGUGCAUUGUAUUUGCCUCUCUGUUCUUUUCCUCUUUGGGUGUUUCUUGUUAGCUCUCUGUUAUUCCCUUCUUCAUUUGGGUUUAUCUUCUCUGUUUUUGGUUGUGCCCUUUCUGUUGAAUGGGCUGUUGUUCUUAUUGCUGAUGUCUUUGGCUGUUGGAGUCGUUUCAAGUUCCAAAACAAGCAUGGGUUUUGAUGAAAACAAGGGUGAUGAUAAUGGUAAAGAAGACAAAUCUACAAAGAGAGAGGGGGGUGGUGAUGAAAGAGGAGGAGGAGGAGGAGGAGGAGGAGCAAAGAUUGAGAAACAGGUGAGUGGGGUUUCAUUAUAUGAUGCAACUGAGGAUGAUGAUGAGGAUGAAAGUGAUGUUGAAGGGAAGAUAGAGUUAGGUCCUCAGUUUACAAUUAAGGAACAACUUGAGAAAGAUAAGGAUGAUGAGAGCUUAAGGAAGUGGAAGGAACAACUUCUUGGGAGUGUGGAUGUUAAUUCCAUUGGAGAAACUCUGGAACCAGACGUAAAGAUCUUGAGCCUUGCAAUAAAGUCCCCCGGUAGACCUGAUAUAUUUCUUCCGGUCCCCGAAACUGGCAACCCCAAGGGCCUGUGGUUUAGUUUGAAAGAAGGUAGCCGUUACAGCCUCAAGUUCACAUUCCAGGUCAACAACAACAUUGUCUUAGGCCUCAAAUACAAAAACACUGUUUGGAAAACCGGUGUGAAAGUGGACAGCACAAAGGAAAUGCUUGGAACGUUCAGUCCACAGCUAGAACCUUACAUGCAUGAAAUGCCAGAAGAGACGACCCCGUCUGGCUUUUUUGCUAGGGGAACAUAUUCAGCUAGAACAAAGGGGGACCAUUCUCUGCCAUUGAUAUGAGACAAUGAAAAUAUACGAAGACAAGCUAUUUAUUUUGUUGAUGAUGACAACAAGUGCUACUUGGAGAUCAAUUACACCUUUGAUAUCCGGAAGGAAUGGCAGCAAAACCGAAUUUGACACAUUUUCACAUUUCAUUUCAUUUCACUCUCUUAACUAUUUGUGCCCAAUUGUGGUGGAUUUUAUGUACAUGGAGAAGGGGGUCAGAGCAGCAGCAGCAAAAUGUUUAUUUGUUGGUUGUGCUCCAAUAAAUUUGAAUUUUGCAUGUUGAACUUUUCUUCUUUCUUUCUUUCUUUUUUUUUGUUGUUGCUUGUUUAUCUUGCUUUUGCGGUUUAUGUUCAUGUCUGCAAAAUCGGAUCAAGUGUAAACUCUUCAAAGUUCUAUUGUUGUAGUUUGAGGUUGUUAGUUGAAAUCUGUUGAUUGUAUAUUAGUAUUAUUUUUUA